UUAUGAUGGAAACGAAACAAAAUGGAGGAGUACAACAACCAACAUUUCUCUCAAAUACACAAAAAGGGAAGAGUGAAGAGCAUAUAAAUACUAAAGCAAAAUUAACAGCUGCCGAAAUAUUGAAAAAAUCGUUAAAAACAAAAAGUCAUUCACAAACAGCAAUUCGUGUUGGUCCUUUUGCUGCAAUUCGUGAAGCAGAAUUUGAUAGACGUCGUCGACAGACUGGAAGUUCUUUAGAUGAUGAUGAAUUUGGAGAUAAUGAAUUGAAGGCAUCAAUGAGCGAAGGAACAUUUACAACAAAUAAUGAUACAAAAACAAAUAAAAAUAUAAAUAGAGAUGGAAAAAAUUAA